CGUUGGCGUCCCGUGAUAUCAUUCAUCAAAAAUACAACGAACGUUCCUUGAAUGUUUCUUCAGUUGAAUUUCGUAAGGGGAAUAGGCUUGUGAAAGGAUAAUGGAUCUUUUUCUUACUGGCGUUUUUCGAUGGGUUUUGGCAACCCUUUUACUCUGCUACAUAAUUCAGAAGUCAGAGUCAUUCAGAAUCAGCCAAAAACCUUCCAAUCCUACUAUUGUGGUGCUUGGAGUAAACAGCAGCCUAGUCAGUCUUAAGUGGCAGUAUUCUGAUGCACCGCCUAACUAUUUCGUUCAGUUUCUCAGAAAGAAACCUCGUGAAACAAUUGAAACAAUAUCAUCAAGCAAAGAUGGAAAUGCGUUCGAGCCGAGCAGCACAAAGGAAUUCGAAGCCUCUCUGGAAGCAACACUAAAACUGAAGAACGUGAAGAGAAAUGAGGAAUACACCUACACUAUUUUUUUGCUGGAUACUAAACUCCAAUCGCAAGGUUCGCACGAAGUCUCUAUUAUUGUGGUCGUGCCUCCAGAAAUAACUGACCCACCAGAACCAAGACCUUUUCUUACCAUUGGAAAAAACUACACUCUGACCUGCAAUGCAUCUGGUGAUCCUUUGCCAAAGAUUACAUGGACAAAAGAUGGAAUCCCAGCUGAAGAGUUUAAUGUGACAGGUUACAAGCUUCAUUUGACUGACGUGAAGUUGAAGGAUGUAGGAUCAUACCGAUGUACAGCUAGUAAUGGAUAUGGAGUCGAUGCCUCUAAUGCCAGUAUAGUUGGUGUAAAAUGUAAUGAAUGUGAAAUUAAGACAGUUGGAAUAAAAUUAGAGAGUGAAACUUGGAAGUCAGCUUUGAAUAACAGAGAGUCAAUUGAGUUCAAAACAUUGCAAGCAAAUUUGUUAUCAGAAAUAUCUAAGGUUUACACCAAAAGUCCUGGAAAAGAAUUGUACACAGUGGGUGUUGUUGAUUUCAGAUCUGGUAGUGUCAUUGCUAAAGUAGAGAUGGAGUUUGGUAAAUCUGUCACUGACCCUUUGAAACCACUGGAAGAUGAAAUCAAAGAUGGAAGGCUUGGGGCAUUCAGCGUUAAAAGGGAACUUGAUUUGAAUCCAACUACUCUGCCACCUACCUUCUCUUCUUCAACAACGUCAGAGAAACCAGGAGAGCCUGCAGAUGGUGCUCGCACCUCAAAAUUGACACAAAGUGAAUUGUGGGGUAUCAUAGGAGGAUGCAUUGCAUUUUUUCUUGUUGUCGUCAUCAUUAUUGUGGUGUCCUGCAUUUGCUGUAGGAAAAAGAAAAGUGGUGGUGCUUCAAAAGGUGGUAGGAACCAAUACAGUGAAGCUGAUGGUUACCGCAUGAACAAGCAGCCUCCUUCAGGACUUGGUACAGCCAGUCCAGCAUAUGUUGAGGCCAGGCAGUAUGCCCCAGUUUCUUCUGCAAUGAGACAGGAUGAACAACGAAAAGGACCAAACUAUAUGGAGCCUGCCUUUGGCAACUCACCUGCAUCUUACAAGCAGCCUCCCCCAUACUCAGCCACAGAAUACAGUGAGAUAGCUUCCCAGAAAGGAGGACAGCAGGGAGAGGGUGGUGGCUUUGAGUUGUGGUGCUAAACUUGUAAAUGAAUGGGAAGUGCAGGGUUCUCAGUAUUCUGAUAAUUUCCAUGCAUGUACAACAGCUCCUGGUAAUACAAAAAGAACUGCUUUCUGUGAUAACUCAUACAAACUGUAUUUUUCUAGCCAGGACAGACUUUAUAAUACAUUUUGUUGCUGUUAACAAAACCUGAGGGAAGUUUGGAAUUUACUGAGAACCAUAAAUGUAGCAUUCAUUUUCUGAAGGGAGUUCUUUUCUCUUCAACCAUUUUAAUUUGUUUGUUUCUCAAUGUGACAUGAUGUAUCUGUAGGUAUUUUAGUUAGCCAUGUUUUUAGCAUUAACAUAAGUUGCUUUUUAGGAACACCAGGAAAGUUAAAGUUCUUGUAAUCACUUCAAAGGCACCUCAAAAUACCAAAGUACAUAAACAGUUAAAGCACUUUGGUUACAUUUUGCGUAGUAUUACCACUGUGAUCUUGUCACCUUGUUAGAGUUUGCCAAUAAUUUCAUCUCUGGUGUCUACCUUUUAUUUUCUCUCAAUUCAAUUGCCAUUGUGAGCAUUCAUCUUUUCCUCACAGUGCACAAUAGCUAGGCAAAUGAUUGUACUUGAAUUCUCUUGUCACUCAAUGUCUAAAUUAAUUUUCCCUCAAAUUGAUCUAAGAUUCUCUACUGGUAUUCGUAGCCAUGAACACAUGUAAAUUUGUAAAUUUAAAUGUUUGCUAAUCGAAGGAAGAUGGGGAUGUUAAUAACUUUUACUGAUCAGUUGAAGUAAACCCAAAUUUACAAAUGUACAUCUGAGUACAUUUUUAGUAGUGCACCACCAUGGACCUCUUGUCUGGUGAAGAUGCUGAACCUGACAUUGUUAGUCUCCUUUGUGUACCUAUGAGCACCACUUUUGAUUGACAAAAUGGUUGUAGUACAUGUGCAUAUAACAGAAUACUAAAUGAUGUAAACUUUCUCUACAGUAUCUGCAUACACAACAUUUGACGUUAAUGUCACAAUGAAAGAAGAGGGGUCUUGAUUCAGAUAAAUAUUCUGGUAAUCAACAUUGAGAAGACUUUGUUAAUACAGGAUAGACCAAAUUUAUGUAGACAAUCUCUGUAGUCCACAUUUUAGCUGCUGAAGUCACCAUGUUUUAACUUUUCACAUGUACAAUUUUUUCAGCUGAACUAGAACUUUUGAAGGAACUUUCUCUGCUUGAAUAUUUUGGGUUUAAAGCUAGUUCAACACAUGCUUUUUAUGCUCUAAAAUGUUAUAUAGUUUUAUUAGUUGGAUGUAUGUGUUUAAACUUGAAAACUAUGAGAUUCUAUUCUGAAUGAGCACAAAGUAAAUGACAUAAAUGUAUUUAAUCCAUUUGGAACCAGUGAACUUAAAUGAACAAGGUCACUCGUAUGAUAAUGCACUAUUUUGAAUGAAGAUCAACAGGUAGGAUUUUAGGGAUUGUAAAGAAAUAUAUUUUACUUCAUCAGGAAGAGUUUUACGUGGAAAAUAUUACAAAUGGAUCCUCUAUGUCUUUCUGAGCAAAACAUGGUGUUUAGUGUGUUUGAGUGACUUGGCAAGUGGUUGCAUAUAAAGGUUUUGGCAAUGCCAACCCUUGAGGUUGUUAACUCGGAGAGCAAACUAGAAGGAUCCUUUGUAAUGUUAUUCUAGUAGUAAAGUUUUCAAAUUUCACCUUUUUUGAGAAUUUUCAAUCCCACCAUGGCCUGUUCUUUGGUGCUGACUUAAUAGCUUUUUGUGGUUGUUUUUUUUUUGUCUGACUGAUUUAUCAAGUAUCGGUUACAACAUAACAUACUGGUCUAGGUAUGGAAGGUUUAGCGGAACGCAUGCGUACAAGACCUCUCUUAAGGAGAAAGUACUCGCAAGAAAUUGCUCUCAGGAACUCCUUUUUUUACUUGUCACGCAACUCUUCAGUCGCAUGACAGAUCUGUGCGGUGCGACUGUGUGUGGGCGAUUCCCCCUAUCCGCUUUUAUUUUACUAAUAGGCUCGUAACUAGUUAAGUUGUAAGAAUCAUUUACCUUACGUUAAGUGAAUGAUGAAAGUACAGGUAGGAUAGACUGCUUGGUUUUUGAGUGAUCUUGUAAUUAUUUAAUUAAGUUUUAAUGAUUUUCAUUAACUUUCAAGAAGACGACUAAUAAUUUAGAGAUAACGAUUUCAUAUAUAGUGAGGCUUUUUUUCCACCAGAUUUGCAUUUUUGCUGAUUUAUUGUGAGGCCUAUUCAUUAUGGUCAGUACCUUUACUAAGUACAAUUAAAGCAUAACAGGCUUAUUUGCCGGUACACAUAUCUAGUUAUAUUUUUAGAAUUAAGCAAUUGUUUAUGUAGUAUUCUGAUGAUUGCUGUAUAUUAAAAACGUGCAAUAAAAUUCCUCAAUCGCUUUUA